CUCUGUCUUCACAUUUUGUCGAUGUCUAUAUGACAAGCCAAAUAAAACUCCAUAUUGAAAUUCGGUCAAAUUCAGAACACUGCAGCAACAUUAAUUAAUUCUUCUCAAGCAAUUAUGUCCGAAAACAACACAGAGUACACCUCAGAGGAGGCCGCACGCGCACCGAUGGAACUCGAGCCCAUGCUGAAUCCCAGUGACACCAAUUCAGCAUCCGUGGCAGUCUCGCCGUCGCCGUCUUCUAGUUCCGUGGCUGUCAGCGGCGGAUCGAGCUCGAUGACCAGCUCUGUGUUGCUGAACUUCAAUGAACGGGCCGUCAGCACCGGGGCAGAAAGGGGCUGGACCAGUUCGGAGCCAUCGGUGUCGGAAAAUACACGCUCGUCUUCGUCGCUAUCGCGCCAUGCUCGCUUCCCCUUGGCCAUGAGACGGAACAUGUCCGACCUGAGGAGGAACUAUACUUGGAACCAUUCUGAACGACGUCGGCUCAUUAUACGGAGACAUAUCCAGGCGACUCGGGAGCAUCGGGAGCAUCGGGAGAACCGGUUGGCUUGGGAUAAUCAGGUUUUUCUGGGUUUUCCGGACAUUCGAGCCAGUAGCGCCGCCUCUUCAGAGGACGAUGAGAACGAGUGGAACCGCAUUCCUGAAACGGUGCUGGCUCGUGUCCCGACACGCGGCAACAGCGUGAGCGACUGCAGCCAGUGCAGCAGCGAUCCGAAUGAUGAAGAUGAAGGCCAUCAGGACCUUGACGAAUGGCUCGCCUGAGGCGGAUUGAGGAGAAGACGUACCCUAACACCCAACGUAGUCCUAACACGCCAAACUUGGAUCGUAUGACUGAAAUUAUGUUGCUUUAAGCUUUGAUGGUGCGAAUAUGUUUAAGGAAUUUGCAAAAAAAUAGAGUUUUUUGUUGGGCAAAUGUUUUGCUUUUGUACGA